AUGAGAGGCAGUGUGUUCGGCCAGGCCCAUCAAGUGCAGACGAGAGGCAGUGCGUUCGGCCGGGCCCAUCAAGUGCAGACGAGAGGCAGUGCGUUCGGCCAAUCCCAUCAAGUGCAGGCGAGAGGCAGUGCGUUCGGCAGGGCCCAUCAAGUGCAGACAAGAGGCAGUGCGUUCGGCCAAGCACAUCAAGUGCAGAAGAGAGGCAGUGCGUUCGGCCGGGACCAUCGAGUGCAGACGAGAGGAGUGCGUUCGGCCAGGCCCAUCGAGUGCAGACGUGAGGCAGUGCGUUCGGCCAGGCCCAUCGAGUGCAGACGAGAGGCAGUGCGAUCGGUCAGGCUUACUAACUGCAGACAGAGGCAGCGCGUUCGGCCAGGCUCACCAAGUGCAGACGAGAGGCAGUGCGUAGCUCCAGGCCCACUAAGUGCAGACGAGAGGCAGUGCGUUGGGCCAGGUGCACCAAGUGCAGACGAGAGGCAGUGUGUUGGGCCAGGCCCACCAAGUGCAGAAAAGAGGCAGUGCGUUCGGUCAGGCCCACCAAGUGCAGAAGAGAGGCAGUGCGUUCGGCCAGGCCCACCAAGUGCAGACGAGAGGCAGCGCGUUCGGCCAGGCCCACCAAGUGCAGACGAGAGGCAGCGCGUUCGGCCAGGUCCACCAAGUGCAGACGAGAGGCAGUCCGUUCGGCCAGACCCACCAAGUGCAGACGAGAGGCGGUGCGUUCGGCUAGGCCCACCAAGUGCAGACGAGAAGCAGUGCGUUCGGCCAGGCCCACCAAGUACAGACGAGAGGCAGUGCGUUGGGCCAGGCCCACCAAGUGCAGACGAGAGGCAGUGGGUUCGACCAGGCCCACCAAGUGCAGACGAGAGGCAGUGCGUUCGACCAGGCCCACCAAGUGCAGACGAGAGGCAGUGCGUUCGACCAGGCCCACCAAGUGCAGACGAGAGGCAGUGCGUCGGCCAUGCCAACCAAGUGAAAGAGGCAGUGCGUACAACCAAGCCAACCAAGUGA